AUGUCUGUGGUGGGAUUUGACUUGGGCUUUCAAAGCUGCUAUGUCGCUGUAGCCCGAGCCGGUGGUAUCGAGACCGUCGCGAAUGAAUUUAGCGACAGAUGCACACCGUCAUUCGUUUCAUUUGGACCACGGAAUCGAUCCAUAGGAGCAGCCGCCAAGAGCCAGGUGGUGACCAACUGUAAGAACACGGUACAGGGUUUUAAGCGAUUCCAUGGACGGGCGUUCUCUGAUCCCUACGUUCAGUCGGCCAAGUCCAACUUGGUGUACGACCUGGCACAGAUGGACUCUGGAUUAACUGGUAUAAAGGUGAUGUACAUGGAGGAGGAGAAGUUGUUCAGCGUGGAGCAGGUGGCAGCCAUGCUGCUAACCAAGCUAAAGGAGACUGCUGAAAGCGACCUGAAGAAACCUGUGGCCGACUGUGUCAUCUCUGUUCCCUGUUAUUUUACCGACACGGAGAGAAGAUCAGUCAUGAAUGCUGCGCAGAUUGCAGGCCUCAACUGUUUGCGACUAAUGAAUGAGACCACAGCCGUGACUCUGGCUUAUGGAAUCUAUAAGCAAGACCUGCCUGGUCCAGAAGAGAAGCCAAGGAAUGUAGUGUUUGUCGAUGUGGGUCACUCUGGUUACCAGGUGUCAGUUUGUGCCUUUAACACGGGAAAGCUUAAGGUGCUGGCGACAGCAUUUGAUUCUGAACUUGGUGGGAAGGACUUUGACGACAUCCUAGUGAGACACUUCUGCGAGGAAUUUGCUAAGAAGUACAAACUGGAUGUCAGGUCCAAGCCUCGCGCGCUAGUGCGCCUCUACCAGGAGUGCGAGAAGCUUAAGAAACUGAUGAGCGCCAACUCCUCCGAUCUGCCUCUCAACAUUGAGUGUUUCAUGAAUGUAAUUGACGUGUCCAGUAAACUCAACAGAGGUCAGUUUGAGGAGCAGUGUGCAGGUCUGCUAGCCAAAGUGGAAGCCCCUUUGCGCAGCGUCAUGGAGCAAGCGAAGUUGAGGAAAGAAGAUGUGUACGCAGUGGAGAUAGUUGGCGGCGCCUCCAGAAUUCCCGCCAUUAAAGAACGCAUCAGCAAGUUCUUCGGGAAAGAGCUGAGCACUACUCUGAAUGCAGAUGAGGCUGUAGUCAGAGGUUGUGCACUGCAGUGUGCCAUCUUGUCUCCGGCCUUCAAAGUCAGAGAGUUCUCAAUCACAGAUGUUGUCCCUUACUCCAUCUCUCUAAAAUGGAACUCCGCAGCAGAGGAAGGACAGAGCGAUUGUGAAGUUUUCCCCAAAAACCACGCCGCUCCCUUCUCCAAAGUGUUGACUUUUUACCGGAAGGAGGCCUUUCUCCUCGAAGCGUACUACAACAAUCCAAAGGAGCUGUCCUACCCCAGCACCUCCAUAGGCCAGUUCAUGAUCCAAAACGUGGUCCCUCAGUCAUCUGGAGAGAGUGCCAAGGUGAAGGUCAAAGUUCGUGUCAACAUUCACGGCGUAUUCAGCGUGUCGAGUGCCUCCCUCAUAGAGGUGCUGAAAGCAACAGAUGGAGAGGAACCAAUGGAGACCGACCAGACGGGAAAGGAUGAGGAGAGCAAAAUGCAAAUAGACCAGGAAGAUCAAAAAGCAGUUCCCGGAGUUGACAAGAAAGGUGACACAGAAGAGAUGGAGACGAUGACUGAGGAUGGUAAGCAAGAGAAGAAGAAUGAGCCUCAAGCAAAGAAGCCCAAAGUGAAAACAAAGAUGGUGGAUCUGCCCAUUGAGACCAAUUUGUACUGGCAGCUGUCUACUGAUGUCCUAAAUACGUUUGUGGAGAAUGAGGGGAAGAUGAUUAUGCAAGAUAAGCUUGAGAAGGAGAGAAAUGACUCUAAGAACAAUGUGGAGGAGUAUGUGUACGACAUGAGAGACAAGUUGUAUGGCACCUUGGAAAAGUUUGUCAAAGAAAAGGAUCGUGAUUCAUUUGCAAUAAAACUGGAGGAAACAGAGACUUGGCUGUAUGAUGAAGGCGAGGACCAACAGAAGCAAGUUUACAUUGACAAACUGGCAGAACUGAAGAAUAUCGGGCAGCCUAUUGUUGAGAGAGCCAUGGAAGCUGAGGAGCGGCCAAGGGCAUUCGAGGAGCUGGGCAGGCAAAUCCAAAUGUACAUGAAGAUCAUCAAUGCGUACAAGGCAAAGGAGGAACAAUAUGAACACUUGGAUGAGCUGGAGGUGACCCGAGUGGAGAAGCAGGUGAACGACGCCAUGGCGUGGAUGAACAACAAGAUGAACCUGCAAAACAAUCAGGAACUCACGCUGGACCCAGUAGUCAAAGUCGCAGAGAUUCAGGCCAAGUCCAAGGAGCUUUACUCGGCAUGUAACCCAGUGCUGUCAAAGCCAAAGCCCAAGGUGGACCCGCCAAAAGAGAAGACUGACAACGGGCCCACCAGUGGGCAGGAGGGUACGACAGAGAGCCAGCAAGCCGACUCGGAAAAAAUCCAGCCCACGAGCACCGAGCAGAAAACGGCAGAGAACAAGCCUCCCGAAAUGGACAUUGACUAA